UUCAGCGCGGUCAUGAAUACACAUGAAUACUUCAACUUUAUUUAAGUUAUACCAUGCGCUCGUAGUCGUACGACAACUUUCAGUUUGUUUCAUAACUUGUGGUCGAUAACAACGAAACGAUGGCGCUCCGUGUGACAAGCAAGAUCUUCCGAAAUGUUUUCCAACCGCAGCUGACUGCGGUGAAAUCUUUAUCACAUUAUCCCAUUGACGAUGAUAUUUUUGGUCUAACUGAUGAACAAAAACAGUUACGAGAAUCGGUUUUCAAUUUCGCUCAAAAAGAAUUGGCUCCGCAUGCGCAAGAAAUCGACAGGCUAAAUAACUUUUCCGGUUUGCGCGAGUUCUGGAAGAAGUUGGGAAGUUUAGGAACGUUGGGUAUUACGAUUAAUUCAAAGUACGGUGGUUCCGAUGGACAGUAUCUCGAUCAUUGUAUUAUCAUGGAGGAGUUGUCAAGGGCUUGCUCGGCAAUUGCGCUUAGUUACGGCGCGCAUUCUAAUCUAUGCGUCAAUCAAAUAAAUCGUAAUGGCAGUGAGGAACAGAAAAUGAAAUAUCUACCAAAGCUAUGUACGGGUGAACACAUGGGUGCACUUGCAAUGUCCGAACCAGGAUCAGGAUCGGAUGUUGUUUCAAUGCGUUUACGUGCAGAGAAAAAAGGAGAUUACUAUAUUUUCAAUGGUAAUAAGUUCUGGAUUACCAAUGGACCGGAUGCUGAUGUUUUAGUUGUUUAUGCGAAAACGGAGAUGGAUAAACACCAACACGGCAUCACCGCAUUUAUUAUCGAGAAAGGUUUCGAAGGCUUUUCCACCGCUCAAAAACUAGAUAAACUUGGAAUGCGUGGUUCAAAUACAUGCGAACUUGUUUUUGACAAUUGCAAAGUUCCUGCUGCAAAUAUGCUAGGGAAUUAUAAUAAAGGUGUCUACGUGUUAAUGUCUGGUUUGGACUUGGAACGGUUGGUCCUUUCUGCUGGCUCGCUUGGUAUUAUGCAAGCGGCGUGUGAUGUUGCCUUCAACUAUGCGCAUGAGCGUAAACAAUUCGGCAUGCCAAUCGGUACAUUCCAACUAUUACAGGGCAAAAUGGCCGACAUGUACACUACUCUAGGAGCAUGCAGGAGUUAUGUCUACGGUGUUGCGAGAGCUGCAGAUAAAGGCAAAGUUAAUAGCAAAGACUGCGCCGGUGUGAUAUUAUAUGCAGCUGAGAAAGCUACUCAGGUUGCUUUAGAUGCUAUUCAGAUCCUAGGCGGAAAUGGUUAUAUUAAUGAUUAUGCUACUGGGCGAUUAAUGCGUGACGCUAAAUUGUACGAAAUCGGUGCUGGCACGUCGGAAGUACGUAGAAUGCUGAUUGGUAAAGCUCUCAACAAGGAAUAUAUGAGCUAAAAUAAUUAAAUAAAACAACAAAAACUGGUGUGACUGGUUUGUAUGCCAUUUAUUUUUACAAUUACAAAAAAUCAAUUGAAACUUACUUCUUUUAAGUGUUAAAUCAAAUUUAACAUGUACAAAAUGUAAUAAAUACAACAAAGCCAUUGUAAUUUCAGAA